GUCUUGUCGCACUACAGGAGGAGCCAAACGACCUUGAUUGCUCAGUGCAACGGCCAACGGGCAAGGAGAAUCAGCCUAUGCGCGGGUAGAGCUUGCUCAAGCCGCCAUUCUACCUCCAACGGAGAAACAAAACGAAGCUCACUCGUGCCGCUCAGUUCCCCUAGAAGCCUCGUCUCCCAUCGUUUCUUCUCUUCUUCGCUCAUUCGUGAUUCGUCUUAAUCGCCUAAUAUCACUGCUAGUACUUAGCCCUGGGCCAUAGCCCUGACCACCGCGCCCUCGCGCACAAGACAGGGCCGGGCGUGCGUGAAGCCGAGAUGGCCUUUGUAACCAUGGUGCGCAAGAGACCGAGCUCCGCCAUCUCGGCCUCUCUGGUAACCCUGUUACUGCACGCGCUCGCAGUAACCCCCGGGUUGGCCGACCCCAUUCCGGCAGCGCGAGCCGCGUCGUCCAUCGAGCUCGCGUUCCCCUUCGUCCCCUCCUCCUCCGCGCCGCAGUUCACGCCAGACACCCUCCCCGACAUUCCCUCCUCCCCGCAACCCACCAUUCCGACGGUUCCCGAUCCCCCCGCCGUUCCUUCCGCUCCCGCUGCGCCGUCUGAUCCCACCGGCCCCUCUCUUCCAGGUCCCUCCUCCCCAAAUUCGCCAAUUCCCAAACCCGCCAAUCCAUCCGCCCCCGCAGGCCCCGGCACGGCGGAACCUGCGGUCCCCGCGGCUCCGGUUCCGCGUCCGAAUGCUCCCGCCCUUCCGUCCCCCAGUGGGCCCGCCCCUGGUCCAGUGACGCCGGGUACCGCCUGCCCCGCGUCCGACCUGGAUGGAUACUCGUUCUCCGCCCCGCUCAUUCCCGAUCAGUUUCUGCUCCACUGGCGGCUGGGUGCUUCCUCAUUGGACAUCGCAGUCGAGGCUCGGCUAAGCAGCCAGGUCGACAACGGUUGGAUGGGCGUCGGCUGGUCGCCCAACGGCGCAAUGUCGCCGUCCGAUGCAGUCAUCGGCAAUCUCGAGGGCGGCGCGAUCCGUGCGUUCUCUCUCGGCGGGUACACCGCGGAUUCGGUAAACGCGACGGAUCAUAUUAGACUCGGGGAUAAGGGAUCGACCUCCACGGCUUCCGGAUCUACAGUGUUCUGGUUCUCCCGGUCGCAAGGGGAUGGAGGCUUGGUGCCGAUCCAACAGUCCGGACCUAACUUCAUCAUCUGGGCGUACUCUCGCGACAUGUUCCAGACGCUUGGUUACCACAGCACGCAUAGAGGAGUAGCAAGAGUGGACUUCUCCUGCAACACUGCACCCGAGGUUCUCAUGGGUGAGGGUAGCCCAGGCGACGACGAAGAAGGGGCAUUUACCCCGGAUAAUCCGUCAGGCUUGUCCCCGUAUGAUCCUCUGGGGGGCGCUGGUAACAGUAACAGCACAGGGGGAUGCAAUAGCUCUGGAGGUCAAACCGGUGCUGGUGAUGGGAGCAGUAAGAGGGGUAACCAGCCAGGUGGGGCGUUACGAAAGAUGUGGAAUGCAUUGUUUCCGUCUUUCGGGUAGGCCGUGGGAGGGACUAGCUGGUGUGCAAGUCUUGACUGUCCUAGCUUAUUCUGUUUGAUAUAGUGUAGUAAGCCAAGAUGGUGUUGGUAGUGUAGGGGGCACUAAAAGCUUAACACUAGUUGUGGGACAAUGUGUGGGUUUCAUCUUAUGGUUGAAAAGCACGUGAUGAGUGGUGCUUUUCGUCUAGGGGUGCCAAACUUAUGUAUGCCUUGCUAGUAAUGAAGUUCCUUUGACUAG